AUGGAUGCACUGGAGACAAUCUGGGUCUUGCUGCGUCUCUUACUCGCCAUGGCCCUCCUGGCCUUUGGCUUUUAUUGCUGCUACAUAAAAUAUAUCCACAUGAAAUCUGAUUAUAUCCCUGGUCCUCCAAGGUCAAGCUUUGUCUUUGGACAUGCGGCAAUCCUCUUGAGAAUACUUAAAAACAAAGAACUAUUUCAUGAAUACAUUCAGCAGUGGGCUGAAGAAUAUGGACCAAUUGUGCGGCUUAACAUUGGGCACAGAAUCAUUAUAAACGUAAUAAGCCCUGAGGGAGUAAAGGAAUUCCUCAUGUCACCACAAUAUCCAAAGGACCAAUUUAUUUAUGGUGCUGUUGCUUAUAUGUUUGGCGUAAGAGCUGCAGGUAAUGGUUUGGCAACUGACUGCAAUAUCAACCGUUGGCACAAGCAGAGGAAAAUUAUUGAUCCAGCUUUCAAGCAAACUUACAUAAGAAGUUUGAUUGGAAUCUUCAAUGACAAAGCAGAAGAGCUUAUGAAGUUGAUGGAAGAAAAAAUGAAUGAAGAGAUGGAGGUGAAUAUGACAAAACUACUGAGACGGGUGACUGUGGACAUCAUUGGAAAGGCAGCUUUUGGCUUGGAACUGAACACCCUGUGGGAUAACCACAACCCUUUUUUACAUGCAAUAAUCAUGAUCGUGAAAGGGAUAGACUGGGCACGGAAUCCUUUUUUUCAGUACAACCCAAAAAACAGAAAAGUUGUGGAAGAGAUUCGGGAAAGCGUGAGGCUAUUACGUCGUACUGGUAAGGAGUGUAUUGAAGAGAGGCUCAGGGCUGUCAGAAAUGGAGAGGAAACCCCUCUGGAUAUUCUCAAUAAAAUACUAGAGAGUGCAGUUCAGGAAGGGCAGUGCGAUGAAGAAAAUAUGCUGGACAAUUUUAUGACCUUCUUCCUUGCAGGUCAUGAAACCACUGGCUCUGUGUUGUCUUUCACUUUCAUGGAACUGGGAAGGCAGCCUGAAAUAUUAGCAAAACUUCGGGCUGAAGUCAGCAAGGUGCUGGGUGUGAAGAGAGACAUUAACUGUGAAGAUCUUAGCAAUCUCCGCUACUUAUCACAGGUUCUCAAAGAAGUCCAACGAUUGUACCCAGCUAGCCCAACCACUCUACGUUGGACAGGAACUGAAACCAUUGUUGAAGGGAUCAAAAUUCCAGCAAACUCCACCCUGAUUUUCAGUACAGCUGCCAUGGGACGCAUGGAAAAGUUUUUCAAAAACCCACUCACAUUUGAUCCUGACCGAUUUCAGAAAGACCAACCAAAGCCCUACUUUUCCUACUUCCCAUUUUCUCUGGGGCCUCGUUCCUGUAUUGGGCAGAAAUUCGCACAGAUAGAGGCUAAAGUGUUGGUGGCCAAAUUUCUGCAGAGGUUUGAAUUCCAGCUGGUUCCACCUCAGAGCUUUAAAGUUUUGGACACGGGAUUGCUUAGGCCACUAGAUGAUGUAGUAUGCAGAUUGACACCAAACAGCCAUUUGUAG